AUGGGUCUCUGCAGUUCAAAGCCUCGUGCAAAUCCCACACUCUCCUCUUCUCCCAAUUCCGACACCCACUUCACAGACACCAAUGCCAAUCAACAAUUACCGAAAAAUCCUAUUCCUACUCCAAAAAAGUCUCCCCUUUUCCCGUUCUACACUCCGAGCCCGGCCCACCACUUUUUCUCCGGCAAGUCUCCGGCGCCAGGGACUCCCCGGCGGUUCUUCAAGCCUCCGUCGCCAGCGAAGCACAUUCGGGCCGUGCUGGCCCGUCGUCAUGGGUCUGUUAAGCCCAACGAAGCUAGCAUCCCAGAAGAUGAAGUGGUUGCUCUUGACAAGAACUUCGGAUUCUCGAAACAGUUUGAGCAAAAGUUUGAGGUUGGAGACGAGGUUGGACGAGGACACUUUGGUUAUACUUGUGCUGCCAAGUUCCUUAAGGGCCAACUCAAAGGCCAACACGUCGCCGUCAAGGUCAUCCCUAAAGCCAAGAUGACAACUGCAAUUGCAAUUGAGGAUGUGAGGAGGGAGGUGAAGAUAUUGAGGGCUUUGACUGGACAUAAAAAUCUGAUUCAGUUCCACGAUGCGUAUGAGGAUAGUGACAAUGUCUACAUAGUAAUGGAGUUGUGCGAAGGAGGGGAGCUUUUGGACAGAAUAUUGUCGAGAGGAGGAAAGUACUCUGAGGAAGAUGCAAAAGCUGUCCUGAUACAAAUACUAAAUGUUGUUGCGUUUUGCCAUCUACAGGGUGUUGUGCAUCGUGAUCUCAAACCAGAGAAUUUCUUAUUCACAUCAAAAGAAGAGAACUCUGAGCUGAAGGCCAUUGACUUUGGAUUGUCGGAUUUUGUCAAACCAGAUGAAAGGCUUAAUGACAUUGUUGGUAGUGCAUACUAUGUGGCUCCUGAAGUUUUGCAUAGAGCUUACAGUACAGAGGCUGAUGUCUGGAGUGUUGGUGUGAUUGCGUAUAUUUUACUAUGUGGCAGUCGUCCAUUUUGGGCACGGACUGAAUCUGGGAUAUUCCGUGCCGUAUUGAGAGCUACUCCAAGUUUUGAUGAACCUCCAUGGCCUUCUCUAUCAGAUGACGCAAAGGAUUUUGUAAAGAGACUUCUAAAUAAAGAUCCAAGGAAAAGAAUGACUGCAGCGCAGGCAUUGAGUCAUCCAUGGAUUAAAAAUUAUAAGGACGUAAAAGUCCCUUUGGAUAUUCUAGUGUUCAAGCUCAUGAAGACAUACAUGCGUUCCUCCUCUCUACGAAAAGCAGCUUUAAGAGCUUUGUCUAAGACAUUAGCUACUGAAGAGCUGCAGCAUUUGAAGGAGCAGUUUGCGCUUUUAGAGCCAAACAAAACUAACACUAUUAGCUUGGAAAAUAUCAAAGCGGCCUUAAUGAAAAAUGCAACAGAUGCCAUGAAGGAAUCACGCAUUUCAGAUUUUCUGGCUUCACUUAAUGCAUUGCAAUAUAGAAGGAUGGCUUUUGAUGAGUUCUGCGCUGCUGCACUCAGUGUUCAUCAGCUUGAAGCACUUGAUCGGUGGGAGCAACAUGCACGCUGUGCCUAUGAACUUUUUGAAAAGGAUGGAAACAGAGCUAUAGUCAUUGAGGAACUAGCUUCGGAGCUUGGGCUUGGUCCAUCUGUCCCUGUUCAUGCUGUUCUUCACGACUGGAUUAGGCACACUGAUGGAAAGUUGAGCUUCCUUGGAUUUGUUAAGUUAUUGCAUGGACCAUCUCGAAGUCUUGCAAAACCUCACUAGCAUGUUUAGUGCCAUGGAAAGAUCCAUUAUACUCAUGAUAAUCAACCUGACCAAUCAAAUUCUGAUCCACACAUCACAGUAAAGGAUAUCUCCCACUGUUGAAUUAUACUCAACACAAAUCAUCUGGGAUUUUCUCCCUCGUUCUAUACUGGAACCCCUCUACACUUGAAGCCGGAGUAAAACUUGCUUCUACAGCCAUU